ACGCAAGUAUGGCCUCCCUCACUCCUGAUGUCAUAGCGGGUCUCGUCCUAGUUAUUGUGGUACUGGUAAUCCUACUCUCCGCUACGUCCAUCGUCCUCUACCACCGCCGCACCAUCGCCACACAGCCCAUCUUCUGUGACUCUCCCGCACUCUCCAGCGACUCGCCCGAUCCCGAAAAGGGCCCCAUCCGUCCCUUUUCCUCACGCAUCCCCACAUCUCCCAAGCUGGCCAUCUCGAGGCCAUACAACCUCAAGCACAAGAUCCGACGCAAGCCGCCAGCGCCCCUUCUUCUACUCUCCCCCGAGCCCGAAAUCUACCCGCCCCAGCCCACCCAGUCGAUCACCUCGCUCAACGUGACCAUCUCCCCAUCGAAACCCCACGUCGUCAAGGUCGAGACCGAGGGCGGCGGCAGUGUCGGCGUGGAGCUGCGCGUCACGCCUCCGACGCCCGUCGCCAGCCACACCGAGUUCCCCACGACGCGUUCCGAGUACUUCAGGAUGAUGCGCAUGGCUGGGCUGCCGCUGCCGACGGGUACUGGGAUGGUGCCUGCGAUGAGCGAGACCGACGGCAGGAAGUGGUAUUUCAUGUAGGGCCCUUCGUCGGCGUGACCUUCCAGCAUUUGGCUUCGCGAGCUGUCCAUACAUCGGCCGUCCAUGCGCCUUGUGCAGCACAAGUUUCGGCUGCUCGCCAGUGCGACUCCUGCUUUUCUGUCCCCUAUGAAUACCCUC